AUGCAAUCGCGAAAGCAAACAUCAAAGAAGACAUUGACAAAGGCGAAGAAGUUUCUAAAACGCGUGCGGACCGUUUCAAGCGACAAGGUAAUAAUCAAAAAAAGUUCUAUAAUACCGCUAGUGGUUGGAAGAGAAGUUGGCACAAUAGUGGAUGGGAUGAUAAGAAUCGAAAACUAUCGGAAAGGAAUGGUAAUUGGGACUUUGGUUUUAAUCAUCACAAUAAUUGGAAUAAAUGGAAGAAUAAGAAUAACAAUAAUUCGAAUUGGAAACGUCGGAAUAACAAUACCAAGCUCAAAAGGAAUCAUUGCUGCAAUGAUCACGACCAUCACCGCUACGGCUACCAACACCAACAUCAUCACUAUCACCACCAUCACUACCAUCACAUUCAACCGAACGUAUAUUUUGUUAAUGGUUGUUGUGGGUGCAAUUGUUGUGAUAAUGAAAGCGAUACAAGAAAUAACAACUCUACUAACGAAUUUUACGAUGACGAGUGGUUUAACAAUGGUAACAAUGAGGCCAACAAUCUUUCAACGAAAAAGCCAACUAAAAGAAUGA